UUUGUUUCUAUAUAUGCCGCUUACCUCUAUGAUUCCGUUAAGCUCUAUGCCUGGGCAUUGGAUAAAUUGCUGCGCCAGGAGGAGCGCAUACUAACGGAUGAUGUGAUAUACGAUGUAGCUAGUAAUGGAACUAGAAUAAUUGAGACUAUUAUCAAAAAUCGUACUUAUAGAAGUAUCACUGGUGCCACGAUUAAAAUAGACCAGAAUGGUGAUUCCGAAGGCAAUUUUUCAGUACUGGCAUAUAAGCCACACAAACACUAUUUUAGUGAUAAUGUAUCCUGUAAUUCUCAUAUGGUGCCGGUGGCCUAUUUUCAACAAGGCGAAGAUAUUCCAGAAUACAAGCUUAUCAAUGGCUCUGUGCGCGUUGAUUGGCCAUCGGGCGGUGAUCGUCCCUUUGAUGAGCCGAUGUGUGGCUUCGCCAAUGAGCUGUGCAAAAAGGACGAUCGACAUAUCACAUCUGUAGUAGCGGCUGGUGUACUUGGCUUACUGUUAUUCUGCGCUGGUGUCAUCACUAUGAGCAUUUAUCGAAAAUGGAAAAUCGAGCUGGAAAUUGAAGGUCUAUUGUGGAAAAUUGACAUAUCAGAGAUAAAGGGGUACUCGGGGAAUGAUAUCGUCUCAUCGCCAAGCAAGUUGAGCUUAGUGAGUGCCCAAUCGUUUGGUUCACGUUGCUCAAAUCAAGUAUUCACUUCGACGGCACGCCUACGCGGCGCUGUUGUACGCAUCAAAGAGUUGAAGUUCCCACGGAAGCGGGACAUCUCGCGCGAAAUAAUGAAAGAAAUGCGUUUGCUGCGCGAACUACGCCAUGAUAAUAUAAAUAGCUUUAUUGGGGCUUGUGUGGAGCCGACACGUAUACUACUAGUCACCGAUUACUGUGCCAAGGGCAGUCUCUAUGAUAUAAUCGAGAAUGAGGACAUCAAGUUGGAUGAUUUGUUUAUAGCUUCGCUGAUACACGAUUUAAUUAAGGGUAUGAUAUAUAUACACGAUUCGCAGCUGAUGUACCAUGGAAAUCUGAAAUCGUCGAAUUGUGUGGUGACCUCUCGUUGGAUGUUACAAGUAGCCGAUUUCGGUUUGCAUGAGUUGCGAAAUUGUGCGGAGAGCGAGUCGAUAGGAGAGCAUCAGCACUAUAGAAAUCAAUUUUGGAAAGCACCCGAAUUGCUGCGCAAUCCACACAUGUAUGGCACGCAAAAAGGCGAUGUUUAUGCCUUCGCCAUAAUUAUGUACGAAAUAGUUAGUCGAAAAGGUCCAUUCGGGCAGGUAGCCUACGAACCAAAGGAAAUUGUCGAUCGCGUGAAGGAGCUGCCAUUAGCUGGCAGUAUACCCUUUCGUCCCGAGUUGGAAUGCAUACGCGAACACGAAUUGUGCCCUGAUUAUGUGCUGGACUGUAUAAAAGAUUGCUGGAGUGAGGAUCCGGAGAUAAGACCUGAUUUUCCGACUAUACGCAAUCGUUUAAAGAAAAUGCGUGGUGGCAAGACGAAAAAUAUUAUGGAUCAAAUGAUGGAAAUGAUGGAGAAGUAUGCCAACAACUUGGAGGAUAUUGUGACUGAGCGCACGCGUAUGUUGUGCGAGGAGAAGCGCAAAACAGAAGAUUUAUUGCAUCGCAUGUUGCCGCGCACUGUGGCGGAGAAGCUGACAAUGGGGCAAGGGGUCGAACCAGUGUCCUACGAUUUGGUCACGAUCUACUUCAGCGACAUUGUGGGCUUUACUGCAAUGUCAGCGGAGAGUACUCCACUGCAGGUGGUGAAUUUCUUGAACGAUCUCUAUACGGUUUUCGAUCGCAUCAUACGCGGCUAUGAUGUGUACAAGGUGGAGACCAUUGGCGAUGCCUACAUGGUGGUCUCAGGUCUGCCAAUUAAGAACGGCGAUCGACACGCAGGUGAAAUCGCUUCCAUGGCACUGGAGCUGCUGCAUGCGGUGAAACAGCAUCGCAUAGCACACCGUCCCAAUGAGACGCUCAAGCUGCGCAUUGGCAUUCACACGGGGCCCGUGGUGGCCGGCGUUGUGGGUUUGACAAUGCCACGCUACUGCCUCUUCGGCGACACAGUAAACACCGCCUCACGCAUGGAGUCCAACGGCGAAGCGUUGAAAAUACACAUAUCAGGAAAGUGCAAGGAGGCACUCGACAAGCUUGACGGCUAUGUGACCGAAAGACGCGGGCUGGUGGCGAUGAAGGGAAAGGGCGAGGUGGUCACAUACUGGCUAACAGGCGCCACAGAGAAGGCCAUACAGAAGAAACCCGUCGACAUGACUGACAUGCCGCCGCCUCUAUUCUGCCGACCGCGCAAGAGCCCAAAGCUGAAUAGCGAUUCGCGGCAACCGAGCAUCGUAGGCAUGCACUACUAUGGCGCUGGCUCGCGGCGCACAUCGAUGGUGCCACGCACCGAUAUCGAGUCCAAUUAUAGUUUGCAAGGUUCCACAUAUCAUGUAGCACGCGAUUCACCUUACCUGUCGUCGCGUCGUAACGAUCGGCCGUCGCUGAAUGGCAUUGGCGGCAACAGCAUACCGGAGCAUAGCUACUAUGGCGGCUACGGCGGUGCGGGCGCCAGCGGCGGCCGGAGUGGGAGUGUCGGCGAAACUUGCACGCUGCUCGAGUCGGCGCACGGUUCACGCAACACGCUGGAGCAUUCCGAAAACGAAACGAACUGUGAUAAUGAGUGCGUAAAUGGGUAUGGUGCGGAUGGUGAUGGUGAUGGUGAUAAUUAUAGCGGUGGUGUUGGUGGCGGCAGUGGCGUGAUAGGUGGCAGUGGUAGCGGGAGUUGUGGCAUUGGCGUAGUGAGCAUCAUUGGUGGUGCGCUGCCGGUAAGCGCACAUCGUGCGGCACACUCCGCUGCCAGCUCACCGAGCCACAAACCGCUUGCGCUAGUGCGUCCCCAUCGCCGUAUUAUAAGCGAAAGGCUAGCCUCCUCACCCUCCGUACAAGAGUUCAGUGAUAUAAGUCGGCAUCCGACGGUAGCGCAAACCAUACUGCUGCGCGAGACACGCUCCCUCGACCCCAUGCCAAUGCAGUUGCGUAAGAGAAACGAGCCCGUCAAACUGCCGCCGUCCAAACUGUGUAAGAACAACUCGCGCUCCUUGGAUGCCGUGGCGGCGCUCGGUGCGAGAGAGAGCAAAAACAACGAUUCAGAAAACGCGAAUAUAAAUGGUAUAGAGUGUGACGAAGUCGUCGAUGGUGUGGCCCCAUUGGUGGAGCACGAAACUACUGUGAACGCUGACACAAACAAUAUGGACGGCGACGACUACGACGACGAUGUCGGCCUGCUGAUGCGUGAUAAUGGCGGCCUCCGCCGUCGCGGGCACAGUGGUAACCUACAACCGACUGUGGUGCCCGUCGCAUCCACGCUGCUAAAUCGUCGACGCAGUAGUGGGCACGUUAUAUCCGGCGGCAGCCUUAGUGUUGGUAUUGGAGUCGCUGGCGGCAUGCUACUGCCCUACAAGCACCUCAACAACAACUGCAAUGGUGGCAUGACCAUAGAAGAAGACGCACAAUCACCGUUGCUUCAACGACAGACCUCACUCACCAGCCCGCCCGAUGAAAUUCUAGCGCUUACGAAACGUUGGCGUUCACUGGAGACACUUGAAAAUGUCAGAAUCGGUGAUGCAAUGCUGGUGAACUCUAAUAGUGGUCGUGGUAUGCUUGGUGGCACCACGCACAUCUGCGGGCACGCCGCGCACAACAGUGUCAGCUACGCGCCCGACAUUGAUGGGAGUCGUGCAUCCGGUUCAGCGGCGACAUGUGCAACGACAGCGACACGCAGCGGUAAUACAUUCACUACGUGGAUUUGGCGCAUCAUACAGGGAAACAGUAAGCGGGCGAGCGAAUCGUCGUUGCGGCGCGUGGUGCCAAGUGGUGUUCACGCGCCGCAUGUGUUCACCGAUAUGCCCGCAGCAACGGCGGCGACGACGGCGCGUACGCGUGAUCGAGAGAGCAUUGUGUAGAGAGUUACGAUGGUGGGGAGAAAAUAGAUUUUGAUUUGUAUUGUAAUAGUAUGUGUGGCGUGUUGAAGAGAAAAGUUUCAGGAGAGGGUUAAAAAAUGGAAAUUAUACGUUUUUUUUUAGUUAGCUGAAAUGAAAUUGCAUUGCGCCUUUUAGAUCGAAGUAGUCGUCAGAAAUAAUAUUUUUUUUUAGUUAUAUCCGCUUCAUAACCAUGCAUAAAAUGAGCUGCAGCUUCUGUCAGUAAAUAUUGUUUUUUCGUAAUGCACUGAACCCAGUCGGUGAUUCUGAGAUAUAGCUGCUCCUUUAACAGUUUCCUUUCAAGUGAAUUUAAAACCUUUCUAAAAUUAUUUGCUAAAUACUAUUAUGCACUUCAUUUGACAAAAAAACAAAGAUCGACUAAGUAAAAAGCGCCUGUAUAUGUUUAUUAACUAGAUUACGUACAUAUCUAGAAAUAUGUACAUAUGUAAAAACUCCUGGUUGAGAGGGGUUUUAUAAAGCGAAAUUUUCGAGCAACUUUCUCUGCUUAUAACGAAUAUGUUUAGACUCAAUAUCAAUUUUUUUUUAAAUCCUCAAAAGAGGCCUUUGAUCUCAAACAGAACACACGUAUAACAUUUUUAUAGCAAUGCUUAAAUACAUAUUUUUUUCUAUAUACUUACAAUUUCUUUGUAUGUAAUUAUAUACAUAUCAUCUGUGCGCAUAUUUACAUAUAUGUAUUUUGGAAUUAAUUCACUCGCGGUGUCAAUGGAGUUAAUUCUCCGUUUUUUUUCACAAAAUCCCAAUUUCUAUAAUAGUUGAAACUCUUCACACAUAUGAACGCGAGAAAAUACGUAGAUAAACUGCAGAACUAAAAAAAAAA